GUGCUGCCACCUACGUUGUCAAUGUUGUUAGGCUUACCAAAUGGAGUCUAAUGGAGUCGAUUUAAUCACAAUUCUUUGAAGAAUUAACCCGAGAGCACAAUACAAUCACUUGAAAUGAAUGAUAUACAUAGUCUUCAUUCACGUACUGGAUAGCUAUGUAGAUGUGGAGAAAAAUCUGCUUACCCGCACAAGCUGAGUGCAAUGUCACAGAGAGUAAAAAGGCCUAAUCGUUUUGAAGAUGGCAAUGUUCCUGUUAAAAGGCGCAAACGGACGACGGCCGAGGAAGAAGAAGCGGCCUCCUUGGCUGGCGGAUCUUGGCAGCCAAGAUCAAGUGACUUGAAGAGCAUCUAUAAUCGGACGACGACGGAAGCGCCGGCUGAACUCUUCAGGAAGGAUCUAAUUAGCGCUAUGAAACUACCCGAUUCUGAACCGUUAGCAUCAGAUGAGUACUGGGUUAUUCAAGAUCAGUGGAAACAGGAGUGGGAAAGAGGUGUUCAAGUUCCUGUCAACCCAGAUUCCCUUCCAGAACCUUUAGUCACCAUUUAUCGAAGUACCAGCAACAUACCUCACCAUGAGUUUAAACUGCCCAAAAACAAAUACAUACGCAUUACUGAAGACAAGAACUUCAAACCCGAAGAACAUGUUUUGUCGAACGCACCUGUCAAAUCUGAGGCUGCUUGUUCCUACGACCUGGAUGAAUGUGAUAUGGCCUGGUUGAAAAUAUUGAAUUCUGAACGUGCGCUAUCUGGUCUGGGCCCAGUUUAUGAGGAACAAUUGGAGAGGGUGAUAGAGGGGUUAGAACUGUGUUGCUGGGACAAGAUUCAAUCAAUCCUCAGGAACGAGGAAGGCUUGGGAAUCGAAUAUGACGAAAACGUUAUUUGCGACGUUUGCCGAUCUCCUGAUUCUGAGGAAGGAAACGAAAUGGUGUUUUGUGAUAGUUGCAAUAUUUGCGUUCAUCAAGCUUGUUAUGGCAUCACUCGAAUACCUGAAGGUCAAUGGCUUUGUUGUACCUGCAACAUAGGCAAGAGACCAGACUGCGAGUUGUGUCCAAAUAAGGGGGGCGCCAUGAAAUGUUUGAGGACCGGUCAGAAAUGGGCUCAUGUAUCAUGUGCUCUGUGGAUACCAGAAGUUAGCAUAGGUUGUGUCGAGAAAAUGGAACCGAUCACGAAAGUCUCCAGCAUACCUCAGAGUCGAUGGUCCCUGGUUUGUGUUCUUUGCCGAGAGCGACUGGGUGCCUGUAUACAGUGCUCAGUGAAAACUUGUAAAACAGCAUAUCAUGUCACUUGUGCUUUCAAACAUGGCCUUGAAAUGAGAGCUAUCAUAGAGGACGAAAACGCAGAUGACGGCGUAAAGCUUAGAUCCUACUGUGAGAAACACAGCAAGUCUAGUAAGAAGGAGAAGAGCAUCUGUUCUGGUUCAGGCGAAGACGAUGAGUGUAAACGUAAGAAACGUAAAGACAUGACGUCAGAAGAAAAGAACCAAGCUAGAGCGAUGAGACUUCAGGAGAUAGAAGCCGAAUUUUUCAAACACGUCACAGUAAAAGACAUUUCCGUACAUCUGGACAACGACGCUCUACAAUAUAUUUAUAAUUAUUGGAAGUUGAAGAGGAAAGCCGGCUUCAACAAGCCGCUUCUUCCGCCCAAAUCCGAAGAUGUGGAUAUGCUGUCACACAAGAGAGAGCAAGCCGACUUGGAAAAGAUGAAAAUGUUUGUGCAAUUACGGCAAGACUUGGAGAGAGUUAGAAAUCUUUGCUACAUGGUUAGCAGAAGAGAAAAGUUGUCCAGAACUUUUUUCCGUAUGAGAGAACAGACGUUUCACAAACAAGCUGCCGUCUUGGAGUCUUCCCAUUCCCUUCCAUCGAGAGUUGUUGAAGCUGUAAUAGAAGCUAAUCACGGGCCAUCGAUAUAUGAUCGUUUGUAUUCACACAAUGAGGCUGAAGACAAUAGUAUGGAUUUCAAAACGAUCUUGGCUAGGAUAGCGGGCAUGAAAUCUCCAACAAAUUCAGGAGAUGAAUCCAAAAAUGAAAUAAACGGGUUGUUCAAAGACGUUAAAAAUAAUCCCUACAAGAAAGUUUACUUCAAUGGCUCUUCUAAAAGGAGAAGCGUCAGUAUUUAUGGAAGCAGUAUGUCGAGCGCGAGUAGUGGUGACGAGAAACCUAAAGACAACAAAGAAAAUAGGUUACAUAGUUGUUCUGAAGAAGAAAAGUCUUCGAUCUUAGAUAUUCCAAAACGUAAGGCAUCUCAUAAGAAAAAUAAUAUCAGCAAAGCUAUGGAAAGGAGAAGGGAAAACAAACAUAUUUCACAAAAUAAAUUUGAUAGCAGUAGUGAGGAAGAAGACAAACCUAAAAAGGCGUCUCAGCCUAAUCCGAAAUCUAGAUUAAGACAAAUGGAGAAAGAACUUGGCGAAUCUUGUAGUGAUAGUGAUGAACUGAUGCCGAUUUCUUCAUCACAUAAGGGCGACAAUCACAAAAAUAUUAAACCUAUUUAUUCUGAUACCGAUAGUUCUGAUGAACUUACAAAGAAUGAUGGCAAAUCUCCUAAUGCUACAAGUGAUUCUCAAAGUAAACUACGCACUAAAGCAUCUGUGAAAGAAUUUUCGCAAAAACCAUCACCAUCCAAGAAUUCAAAUAAAAGCCCCACUGAAAUCAAGAAAAACCUCAAGAGUAAGGAUGUGAAGAAACAGAUUUCAACCAAGAAAAAGAAUUAUGUACCUUCUGAUCUCAUAGUGCCCCAAAGGCAGGCAGCUAAAAAGGCGACAGAAAACUUGAAAACAACUACAACCUCCAGGGCUAAAGAACUUCCUGUGGAAGAACAAACCAAGGUUGAAGAAAAGAUCAAACAGAAGCCUAAAGUUAAACCCGGAAAAGAUAUUAAAGAGACCCCUAAGGAAGAAGAGAAGGCGAAAGAAAAAGAAGUGAAGGAGAAGGAGGUCAGGGAGAUCAAAGACAAAGAGCCCAACAAGGAAAUCAAAGAAAAGAAGAAAGAAAGCAAACAGCUUCCUGAUGUACCGGAAAUUGAUAAAGAAGCUGAUAAAACUGAGACGCAGGAACUUUUCGCGUAUGUACCUCAACGACAAGCUGCUAAGAAAGCUGCAGAACAUAUAAAAAGUGGUCUGGGGAAACCAACAAAUCCAUCUGCCGAACCUCCACUCCAGGAAACAGAGAAAAUGAAGAAAGAUGUCGACAUUAAAAUCAAAAAAGACGGAGACCAGAAGAAAGGGGAACUGAAAAAAGAAUCUGAACCUGCUAAGCCUGCUAAAGAAAUUGAAAACAAACGAAAGUCUUCCACAGCCUCAACUAGUAGUUCGUCUUCCUCAAGCAGCACUUCAUCAGACUCGUCUAGCAGCUCCAGCUCUGAGAGCGAGGAAGAGCCAGUCAAAGCGCAGCCGCGAUCGGAGAGUCCUCCCUUAGCUCGAGAACCGACAAAGCGGCGUACGUCCAAGGACUGGCCCUUUCUUGACAAGGGACCCAGGUCUGCGGCAACCUCUGGUUCCUCUAGCUCGAGCGAUUCCAGUGCCCCAUCCUCUCCCAGAAAACCCUCUCCCCCACCAUCCCUACCCAAGGCAGACUCUCCAUCGCGAGCCGCAACAGAACCGUCAACAAAACCUGUCCGAAAGAGUAAUGAUAAGAAACAGUCUCCACCGACUGAUAAAAGAGAAGAGCAGUCAAAGUCCCGAGGAAGAGGACGUGCUCCCAGAGGUCGUCCAUGUGCCUCCAACUCUAGUGAUCGGGUCGGAGAUGCUGAUGUCAGGCCUAGAGAUAUGUCUGAUGGCCAACGUGUCAGUAUGGAAACAGAACGAGGAAGAGGUCGAAGUCAAAGACAAGCUUCAAGAGACAAGAUGGAUAAUACAGUCAUCGAAAAAGAGACCUCAGAGUCCAAAUUACUCUCUCCGGUCAGGAAAACGGAUAAAAAGCUGAAAGACAGUAAAGAAACUGAAGUGAACAACUUGGACAAGGAGGUUUUAGAGAGAAAAACUGUUAAAGAUGGUUGCGUUAGAACUAAAUCUUCUUCGACUUUCGAUAGACUGUUUGGAACGUCUGAAGACUGUAAAAAAGAUGAGCUAGAAACUCUGGAAAAAUCCGUCAAAGUAGAGAAAGGUAAAAAAGUCGAACAAGUGGAGGAGAAGUUUGAGAAAAUUGUGAAAUCGAGUAUGGAAAAAUGUGAUCUUACUGAAAAAACUGAGAAGGCAAGAAAGGAAAUUUCAAAGUUAGUCGAAAAACAAGCAAAACCUCCAGAUAAACCUAUUAUAGCACCGGAAAAGUUGAAAAUUCCGGAUAAAUUACCUUCUGAGAAGAUCAAACCACAAAUAGAAAAAGCAAAUAAAUGUUUAGAGAAACCAAAGGAUUCUGAAAAGACAGUAAAGCCUUCAAACGAAUCUGUCAAGUGUUUGGAAGAUGUUUCCAUCAAAAAGGAUGCAUCUCCAAAGAAGUUGCAGAGUCAAAGUGAAAGUCCAAAAACACCAAUCAAACUAUCCUCUGACUCUGCGGAGAAAACGACAAAACCAUUUGGUAAAUCAGCAAAAUCAGAACAGAUAAUAAAAUCUCCGAAUAAAGAAUUGAAAGAACAGGUUGAAAAGAAAACUGAAAACAAGGACGACAAAAAGGUGAUAACUAAGAAAGUUCCCUCAAAGAGUAAGAGUAUUGACGAUAUUUUUGCCAAUAAAUUAUCUAGUAGCGAAACGAAGGAAAAUAAAGUUGAGAUUAAAAAACCUCCUACACCAAAGCAACCAAAACCUUCUGAUGAAAUCACCAUGGCUGACAAAAUCUUGGACGAUCACCUGCAGAUCCAAAAGGCUAAUGACUUUUAUAAUCGCCACUCUGAAGAAGUAUUUCAGUCAUCAUCUGAUAUUAGCAAAACACUGAAUGAUAUUGAAACGGAAAAGAAAAAUUCACUGAAACCACCCGGAUUAACAAAUCAAGUUUUGCAAAAUCGCUCUAUUUUCUCACCCCAACCACACGUUAAAGACGCAACUGACUUCUUAGAUCUGGUCAAUUUUGACGACAUUGGGAUAUCUAAAGAUGAUGAUAUCAUGAAAGGUCCUCUAACGUGGAACUUUGUCAACUCCAAUAUAAUAAGAGGUGAUACAAAGGAAGAUAGCGCCAGAGAAACGCUGAAUUUGGUUGAAAAACUUCGCGUUAGUUUGUCAAAGAAGUCGACUGGCAGUGAAGUAGACGAACCCACAACAAGUAAUGAGAUAGAGAGCGAUCGAAUAGACUUUGCCGAACAGGUUCUAGCUUCCAAUCCAACGCAACCUGCAGAUAAAGACAUAACUCAAGAAUCACAAGACCUUCAAACCGUCAAUCUCCAACUGAAAGUUCAAGUAACUGAAGUGGAACAGGCGAAGCUUUUCGAAAACAUCAACAAGCAACCUGAUCAGCCACAGCAGUCUGAGUACGCUUACUUGAAUAACACACCAAAUAUGCUACUCGAGACUCAAAAAAGCCUCACAAUUCAACAGCAUGCCAGCCUCACAGACCAUACUGCUCCUGUAGAAGGAGACGAACGAUGGGUGCCCCCCAGUGAGAUUCAUUCCAGUUUACAAACCGUUGACCCUACAAAUUACCUAAACGAUUCUGUUCCACCUUUGGAUUCACACUAUUUAAAUCAGUAUACAACCUCAGCUUCCCUCCAAGAAUCCCAGAAAAAGCAAACUGUUCUGAAUACUUUACCGUCACAGUUGGAUAUACGGUUGCAUGAAGAACCUCUGAAAAACCAAUCACCCUCACUUCAAGAAAGAAUCGAUAGAAGAAUCUCACAAACUCCUCUCAUAGAUUCAGCUUCUAAUGACUGUAUGCCCAGCCCUAUGCCUUACGACAGAGACAAAUGGGAUGAACGUCAAGUGAUGCCGAAAUUCCGGUCAUCAUCGAGUUCCGCGUCAUCUUCUACCAGUUCAGAUUCCAGAAAAGCCGAUGAAGAUGUUAAGAUCCACGACGUGAGGACGGUCAACCAUUCUUCAUUAGAAAUGGCUUACUUGCCAACUCAAGUCCCACCAUUUUCGUCGAACCCCUUGGACAAUUUUGGUGGAUAUCCCGAUGGAUCCUGUUUUCCUGUUAGUUUAUUUCCUCCUCCAAAUCUCAAUACUCAACUACCUUUCCCUCCUGCAGGUCCCGCUGCAAUGUUUCCACCAGCGUUCGGAGCCCCAUUUCCUACCCCUCAUACCAUACCGUCUCUGCCGAAACCUGUAGAAGAAUCGAUUCAGUUAUCGUCCACGUGCAUGGCGGCGUUCACAACUUCUAAACGCAAUAUGGAGUUUACAGCCGCCAUGGUGAAUCUUCCUACCUCAACUUCUAAGCCGAUUGAGCAGCAACUAGAAGAGCAGCUUUUGGCCCCGCCAGCAGAGUUGCCAGCGUGUAGUCAAGCGUCUUUGACUCCCAUCCCAACAAGUGAUGAAAUUGUGCCGUCUCCCAUAAUCAAUAAUGCCACUCCAACGGAAAAUAGUACGCUGCCUUCCCCUAGUACUUCUUUGAAAUCAAAUAGUUCGACUGGCAAAAAGUCUCCAAGUAAACCAACUAGAACAUCAGCUAGAGUAACGUCACAGUUGCAAAACAAAUCGCCUGCAAAAAGUCCUGGCAUAAGUCCUAGGCAAGAAACUGCACUCAAACAAAGUGGUCCAGGCCGAGGGAGAGGGGAUAACAAACGAGGGUCUGGGAAAUCUGGCGCAUCUAGAGGUUCCGGCACGCUCAGGGGACGAGGAAGGGGAAGAGGAAAGGGUAGUGCUGCCAUGAUUCAUAACAAGUUUGCUGGCACUGUUUACGAUUUCAAACCCGAUGAUGACAUAUCCGAUGACAUCAUGAGUGAUCUGAAAUCCAUGAGGGAAAGAAGAAGGUCUGUAGAUAUUCACGAAAGGAAAUUUGAACCCUUCUCAUCUAUGAGGAACUCGCCCAGAUCUCCAAUAUUCUCUAGUCCUUCACAAACAUCACAUAAAACUAGGUGUUACAAUGCCGAUUUGAGAGAUUUAAGACCGCCGACUCCAAUAGAGGAUAGUAGAUCUAAAACCGAUAUUUCCCUGGCUAGUUCGGAUAACGAACCAUCCCGAAUAUUUCCAGAUGUUACGCCUCCUCUCCCUGGUCCUGUGGACAUGAGAACGUACAACAGCAAUUUCGAUCAACAAACCUACAACGAACAAAACUUAUUGAGUGCAUUUGCUAGCGGUACAACAGAGACGCAAGUUCAGGAUAUAGAUGAAGAUUUUGAGAAAGAGCUUCAUUCCGCUCUCACCGCCAAGAAACCAGCGGAACCUCCACCGGCGGAAGCAUCUAAUAAUAUUAAAGUAUCCUUGUCCGACUCGCGAAAUCAACUCAAAGUUAAAAUUAAGGGACCGAUCGCAAAUUAUACCUCAACGGUUGUUCCACUGCGUCCUCCUACAGUAGACCCUAUUGUUGUUUCAAAUGUGAAUUCUGUCACAAAUAAUGUUAUGAAUAGUGGCUCGGCAGGAAUACCUACCGGAGGUCCUUCCAGUUUGAGGAGAAUGAGAAAGAAAGAACUUUUGAGGCAGUACUGGACCCAGGACAUGAAUAUGGACGAUCCCACUAGUAAUUCAGGCUACAUUGCCACUCCUGCUGCUCAACCUAUAAAUCGAACGAUUAUAACUAUUCCUAAAGCUGUUGCUUCCAUGACUAGUAUACCAACAAAAGACGACUACAGAGAUUAUAGGACGGAACCGGAUGACUUCAUCGAGAGCAAACAUCAUCGAAAAGAGUCCAAAGCUAAGCCCGGCAGUCUUUCCAGGGAACUUAGGCAGUUGGAGUUGGCACCGGAUAGCGAUAUUCACUUGGAGAGGAGAAGGAGUGUAGGCUCUGCGGGAAGUGACAACUCAGGUUUAUUAGCUAGUUUCGAUUCUUCCUUAUUGAAUAAAAGAAGGGGACGACCGCCUAGGCCAUCCCAGAUUCAGGUAGCGCCCAAGCUCAAAAUAAAAAUUGGCAAUAACACAAACAGCAGUAUCAUUUCUGAGAGUGGCACUGAUGACAUAAAGGAUAGGAUACGACCGCCUAAAAAACGUCUGGCGGCCACGCUAAUCAAACCAUCUUUAGAAGACUUGAAGAAGGAGAGCAUGAAGUUCAGAAAGAAGGUUAGGAAAGAUCUGAAGAUCAAGCAUAAGAAAAAAGAUAAGAGCGAGAAGAGGAAGAAGAAGAAACUCAAGCCCGACAUACAGAUCAUUACCAAGCAAGGUGAAAAUCCAACCAGGCUCAUCAUUCGUUUCGGUAAAAAAAGUGAUAGUGACAAUGACAAACGGACGAGGGGUGAAAUAAGUACUAGUCUAGUGAUAAAAAAUGAUUCUAAACCUGAAGUGAAAGAAUGUGCAAAGGAAGCCCCGCUUUCUGUUGCAUCAAACUCUCAUAAACAGUUUGACAGUGUCCAAGACGAUCAACCUCCGCCGAAGUUGACUCCGAUUAGGUUGAAACUUUCGAGGUGUCAAGAAGGAUCGGGGUACAUGAUGAAACCUGCAAUUCCGAGCACCGAGAGAGAGAAGGAGGUGCAGUCUGUGGAACCAGGCCAGCCACCUCCCCAUCAUCACCCGCCCCCCAUUAGCCUGCCUGAAGCGGUGCAACAUCCUCCCUCCUCUGUACCCAUGAACAAAGACUGCGAGGUUAGGUGAUAAACGUGUACCAUAAAUUAUUUUCAUUUGUAAUAUAUUGUAAUAUUCGUAGCAGACCAGUGAGGCAGACUUGUACAGACUAAGCUAGCUGCUCUUCACCUGUUCAGGUACACAUUGUUGAGCUGUCUAGUGAAUGUGUAGGCCACGUGAGCACGUAUAUGUCGUUUCAGUGUACAAAGUCAAUUACAGCCCGAGACGUGUAUUCAUAUUUUUGUAAAUAUUGUAAGUUAUGGUAACUGUGAAUAUACUUAUAGUACUAAUUUAUAUAUUUCAUUUAAAAUGAUUAACUCGUGUUGACAAUUUUGAUAGCUAGACUCGUUAUAGAAUUUCAUCCAAUAUUGUACAGAACAAAUGGCUUGAGUGCAAUUUUAUCGGUUGUUGUUAUGAGAGCCAUUAAUUUUAUUAUUGUACAGAUUUAUUUUUUAACUCGUUGUCCAACGGACAGUGCAGUAUAAAUUACUUAAAAGAUUUUAUUGAAUUUUAUAGAUGUAUAAUAAUUAUUUUAUUUUUUUAUAUCUUCAUAUGUUUUUAUUAAAUGUACGUGUUGUAUAUUUUUUACUGCAAGUAUUAAAGCACAAGCCAUUUGUUGUUUCAUGUUAAAUGAUACAAAAUAUAAAUAUAAUAAAUAUAAAAUAUGAACAACUCGACCAUUUUCUAUUUAACACUCCAAAAACCCUUUAUUUGUUUUUGUUUUUUGACACUGUAAAAUGAGAGGCACAAAAAUGUUAUUUAAUUUGUACAUUCUUUCUUAAGUGAGCUGUAAGAUUCUUGUGUAUUGUUCAGACAUGUACACAUAGUUGAUUCAUAAAUUAUAUUCAGUUUUAUACAAAAA